AUGAGCGACGUCAGUCUUCAGCAGAGAUUUGCCGGUUGCCUUAUAGGCUUGGCUACUGGCGAUGCCGUAGGAACAGCUGUCGAAUUUCAAACUCCAGGAGCGUUUGAACCGUUGGUAGAUAUGAUCGGUGGUGGAGCGUUUGACCUCGUGGCAGGACAGUGGACAGACGAUACGAGUAUGGCUCUCUGUUUGGCAGAAAGCUUGAUUGAAUGUGGAGGCUACAAUCCUGCAGAUAACGCUGAACGCUACUGUAGGUGGUCCCAGGAUGGUCACCUUGGUAGCACUGGGUUUUGUUUUGAUGUUGGUGUGGCAACUCGGUCUGCACUUAAUCGUUUUGAAAGGCAACAAAGAGCUGCAGGCACUGGCAGUCCUUAUUGUGGUUCAACAUUACCAAGAUCAGCAGGCAAUGGGUCACUCAUGCGGCUUGGUCCCGUCCCUCUUCUUUUCUACAAACAUGCUGAAGUGGCCAUGGAAACAAGUGGAGACAGUUCACGUGUAACACAUGCAGUCAAGCCUGCAGUAGAUGCAUGCAGAUAUUUUGCUGGUCUUCUGGUUGGCUGUUGCCAAGGCAAAUCCAAGGACGAAAUUUUGUCACCAUUUUACUCUCCACUAGGACCCGACUACUGGCAGAGAGAAGGCAAUGAGCUGGCCCCUGAAAUAGCUGAAGUGGCUGGUGGCUCAUUCAAAGUAAAGGAACCACCAGAGAUUGUUGGCAGUGGGUAUGUUGUCAAAACUCUAGAAGCCGUCCUGUGGGCAUUCAACCAUUCUACCUCAUUCAAAGAGGGUUGCUUGAAGGUUGCCAAUCUUGGACAUGAUGCUGAUACAACUGCAGCUAUUUAUGGGCAGAUAGCUGGAGCCUUUUAUGGCCGAGAUGGCAUACCUGCUGAAUGGAGGGAAAAGGUUACAUUCUCGUCCCUUAUCCAGCUGUUUGCUGAUGAACUCUUGAGUCUAUCUGAGCAUGUCAAACUUCCCACACUUCCGAAGUCUGCCGAUGAAGCAGCUCCCGUUUCAAGCAUUGAUGUGCAGUCAUUGUCUGAGAAGUACAGAAAUCUCAAACUAACAGGGUUUGAUUGUCUUGAGAAGGAAGUUCAAAUUGUUGUGCAUAAAGAAACAAAAGGGUCUCUUGGCUAUAAAAGCGUUGAAGACAUUGAUGUUGACAUUGCUGCUGUACAUGGCAAAUAUGAAGCUUUACCAAAGGAAGCCCAAGACCCCAAACUUAUGAAAGACUUCAACAUCAUCAUGAACAGAACAAAGGAGAAACUAGCUAAACGCUUACGAUAUUCAACAGACUGAACAGUAUACACACUACCAUGAAUUUCUUAAUCAAUUGUGCAUGACAUAGUGCAUAGUAGGAGAUGCAGUGUAAACUGCUGUUGAUGUAGUACCAGCACGCUGAACGUCUUGUGUUAUCUCAGUUAAGUCCUGAAUGCACACUUGGAUCUGUUGAUGAGAAUAAAUUCAAUUAAAUUUA